AAAGAAAAGAAAAAGAAAAUUUUGUCUGCGUAGGAGAAAUUGUUGGUAGGCCGAAUUCCAAAAGCUCUAAUCGGGCCCGAUCCAGAUUGAAGGAACCCAGUCGCCCACCCACCCGAUCAGCUGAACUUAGUGGUUCGCUGCGUCUUAGGCUCAUUGCCACAGCACAGAAAUUCGAAAACCCUGGCUUUAGGGCUUAUCAGAAAGAUCCUCCCUCUAAAUUUUCCGGUCUCAACAAGUGAAAUGGCCAAGGAAGCGCAAUCUUUGCGCCCAUGGUUUCUGGAUUUAGUACCAUUGUUGGUUGUUCUCUUGAUAGCUGCUCAUAUCUUCGCUUUGGUUUACUGGAUUUUCAGACUAGCUUCUGACAAACAGCCCCAAAGAAGAAAGGCACACUAAGCUACAUUAUAUUGGAAAUUUGAAAAAAUAUUAGGAGGUUCUUUAUGCUGGAUUUGAUUCUAUGUAGAGACAGAGGUUUAUAAAAGAUUAUAAGAAGUUUUGUGAAUCUAUCAUGUGACACAUGUUCUGUUGAACAUUAGAUUUGUUUCCUAGUCCAUGUUUGCACAUUGUUGUUCUAAAUGUUGUUGACUUUGCCAUUUUGCUUACCCUCUUGAGUUGGAUUAUCUUUGCUACCUUGUAAGAUGUCAGUGUUCAUGCUGUCACUGGUGUUCAUUUCAUUAGCCAAGGGACAUGAUUGCUGGAUUUCUAACCUCUCUUGUUUUGCAAUACUAUCUUCAACAACAUGUUUACUUAUAUAUCAUUUUUUUUUUACCAAUUAAAGUAUAACAAUUCUCGUGAUUUUAUGUUAUAAUGGAUACAUUGAUUGUUAUCUGUUUCAUACACAGGCAAUAAGUCUUCUGUGAUUGCUGUGAUUUUGUUGUCGAAUAGAGAAUAAAUGGUUUUUUCAAGAAAAAACAAAGGAUAAAAAUUACAAACCAUCUCCUCUUCCCCCCUCCCUUUCUUUCCCAUUGAGCAAAUCUUCAAUCUUCAUGUUUAGUUGAGAAGUCCUCAUAAAGAAAACGAAAUCAACUAAGGCGAGACGUGAUGUAAUCAGUGAAAUUCUAAGCUGAUGUCUGCGGUAUAUUUUUCUAGUCAGUCUUAUUUGCCAAAAAGAGAGGUGAAUAUAUUCAUGUUCACUCUUUCAAAAUCAGCCCAUCCCGAAAACCAGCAAAUUUGGUCCAAAAAUCUUGGUGUGGAAAAGAUACGUUGUUGAUAGAAAUAUUUUCAGAAUUAACUGCCACUUUGCUCUAACUUUCCACGCGCACCCUCUCAAAAAUGAAACCACAUUUGUCUCUUUGGAUAUUACCCCAUGCCUUGAACACGUCGAGAAACAUUCGGCAAGGAAGCAAGUCAUAACUGCUCGAUUUCAUUAUCUAGUAAUGUUUAAUUUUCGUCGUGUUUACCAGGACAAAAGUUACUAACACGUAAAUAUCAUUUUUUUAAAAAAAGCCAUUUGAGGCAGCGUGGCAUCCAAUUUACAAUCAGAAAGAUACAAAAGCAAAAGUUAUGAUUAUCGUGCAAAGCUCUAUCAUCCAACCAAUUCUAUCAUGAGCUCGUGCAAAGCUUGUAACAAACUAAUAAUAAUGGUGAAUCGGUGAUAGCCGUGAAUGAGUCGUUUAUUAGUAUCAUU